UCGAUGUCAAGGACAGAUCAGUCCGCGUGGCUGAGGCCUGAAGCUGAAUUGUAACCGGGCAUCACCCGAGUGCGUAGAUAUGACGCUAGGCUCUGUAUCUUUUUGCAAGGUUCUUGAUCGUCUGGCCAGCGGACUGAUUUAUGCAGGCAAGAAAUUUUGAUCGAACAUGUGAAGUCAUGGGAGCAGGUUACUGUGGCUUGGCUCCUCGUCCGCAGACGCAAAAGGACCAGCGCUUGCAGUUUUUUUUCUGCUUGCCAUGCCAUGCAUGACCGAAUUGUUUUCGAAUUUGCAAAAAUUGGGAGCGCCAGGCGGCGUUCCAGCAGGCUGAUGCAGCGGAGAACCGUUGGUGUAUAUAUUGCUGCCUCCUCCCCCGUCACCUGCCUCCUGUCUCCUAUCUCCAGUCCCGUCCCGUCUCUACCAUCUCGGAGCACACGUGCCCAGUUCCCAGCAUCUCGGGAACAGCAACCAAGCAAGCAAAUCCGCAAGCAACCUCUCAACACACAAAAAUCACCCUCUUCCCGAACAACGUCUCUCCGGAUCACCAUGGCGAAACGCGCAAAACUGACGCGCGAGCAAAAGCUCGAGAACCACUCGGCCAGCGAACAGAGCCGACGCGACGCCACCCUGGAACUCGAAGCCGAACUCAAGGAGCUGUCGGGCUACAAAGGCUCGACGGAGAAGAGGGCGAUCCUGAUGGGCCACAUCGCCGAUUGGCUCGGUCAGAUUGUCAGGGAAAACGACGAGUUGGAGGAUAUGGUGCUGCAAGUGGCGCUGGAGCAGUCGAUGAGCAACGUGUCUCGCGGUCAAGAUCAACAACAGCAGUAGAGGGUAACUUGUCGUGAGGGUAACUCGACGUUGAGUUACCGAAGUUGGAAAUUGGAAACGAAGCCUGGUGGCUCGGUACACUGCUUUUAACAAACGCUCGUUAUUGGUUGAACGGAUGGAUGCAACGAGGGUGUUUGGCUGUCAUCCGAAGUCUCCACCGCCAAGCCAAGCAUACCUGGGAGGAGCUUCGAUUGAAUAGGUACCUUACCUUUGUUAACGCUACUUCCCUCUC